GUUAUUGAUCCUGUUAAAUGCGCCGGGAAGCUGCGCUACACGGAAGGGCAGCAGCUAGCCCUGGAUUGGUCAAAUAAAUUAGGGCAAGAACAGAAUUAGACAUAGAUUCUUUUCUCCUCAUCUCUUGUGCCUGGCCUGGAUCUAUUCCCCGCAAGCGUUCUGUGCCCAGCUUACCGUGUGACCCAGAGCCAGUCGUUGCCUUUGCUGGGCCUCAGUUUUCCUGUGAGCUGAAAAGUCUAGGAGCCAUGUCCACCUUGUUCCCCUCACUCUUCCCCCGUGUGACUGAGACACUGUGGUUUAAUCUGGAUCGACCCUGUGUGGAGGAGACAGAGCUGCAGCAGCAAGAACAGCAGCAUCAGGCGUGGCUCCAGAGCAUUGCAGAGAAAGACAACAACCUGGUACCUAUUGGCAAGCCGGCCUCAGAGCACUAUGACGACGAGGAAGAGGAAGAUGAAGAUGACGACGAGGAUAGUGAAGAGGACUCAGAGGAUGACGAGGACAUGCAGGACAUGGAUGAGAUGAAUGACUACAAUGAGUCACCUGAUGAUGGAGAGGUCAAUGAGCCUCCUCUUCAGGUGGACAUGGAAGGCAACGAACAGGAUCAGGACCAGUGGAUGAUCUAGGUAGACAAGAAAGGGGGUCCAAGGAUGGCCCUGGACCUCCUGCAGAACCAGCUGAUCACCCACCCCCAUGCCCCACCCCAGUGCCUGAAUGCUCAUCCUCGGGCACUUCCUCAGCUGCUGCCAGGACCUGAUCUUCUUGGUCCCUCCGAGGCCAUCAGUAUGCCCUUGAAUCCCCAGGGCCCGAGCCCAGCCCCCUCCCUCCUAGCCAGCACCUCACCCCUUGUUUGUCAGAUCUAGUCUCUUUCUAACUUUAAUAAAGACACAGGACUGAUUUUUUUUCCCCCA